AUGGGGAUAUACGCGGAGAAAGGUGUUAUCACCUUCACCAAUGGGACAUCCGUCCAGCACGACAUCGUCGUUGGUGCCGAUGGAGUUGGCUCCUCUGUACGUCGAUCAUUUGGAAUUCCCCCAGAGCGCAAGAGAGCAACCGCCACCUGCUAUUACUGUCUAAUCACAAGCUCCGAUGUUCAGCGGUUGGGCCUUUCAGACAUGAUGCGAAGCGACGCAAUUGAAUACUGGGGCAACGGGGAGUACAAGGUAGUUUUGUCUGCAUGUCGGGGUGGUAGCGUCCAGUUGUUGUUUAUCUUCUCCCCUGCCUCUCCAGAGGAUAUUUGGCAGAAUCUUGAGACCUGCGAUGCACAAGGGAUCUCCGACCAAGUACUGCAGCCAUUUCCUGGUCUGGACCCGAGAAUUCCCCGGUUGGUUACCCAUGCAAUCGAUAUCCGUCCUUGGCGACUCUUUGAACACUCCCCCUUUCCGACCUGGCACAUGGGUCGAGUGUGUCUUAUGGGGGACGCGGCGCACCCGAUGAUGCCUGACCAAAGUCAGGAUGGUUGCCAGUCUAUAGAAGAUGCUGCUGCGCUAGGGAUCAUCUUCUUCGAGAAAUACAAAUUUACGUCAGAUGUCAACGCCGGGCUCUGUGUGUAUGAGCGGGUUCGUAAACCGCGGGCUAAUAAGGUUCAGGCCGCGAGUGCAUGA